AUGGCCGGGAAAAGUCCCGUGAAGACAGGAGCUGUGGCUGGCAAACAGCCGUCUAAUCUUAAGAAACUGAAAAAUCGGAAUGUUGGUGGCAAGUCAGCCCCAGUACUUUCAAACAUGGGUUUGCUCGCCAGACCAAGGCGGUUCAGUCUCAUAUACUCUUCGGAUUCGUCAUUAAGUGCAUUGUCGGACCUAGAGGGCAACCGGAAAACCAGCUUCAAGAACCCAAAAAUGAGCAAGAAAUCCAAGCGAGGCGUAAGUAAUGAGAUGGGCAAGAACGGCAAACUGAUACCAGAAAACGCUGUAGAUUCCGACAGCGAUUCGUCUUCCGAUGUCGGUGCGAUCGACGAGGAAAGCGAUAAUCAAGACAGCAGUAGCGAUGAUGACAACGAGGAAGACGAUGACGACGAUGACGAAGGUGCCGGUAAAAGUGGGAACGGCGAUUCUAGCUCCGCUUCCAGCUCAGAUGAUGACGAUGUAGAUUUUGUCAAACUGAGCGCGGAAAGGAAAAAAAGGGCCAUGCGGGCCAUGAGCGCUAUAAAGCGGGGCAAAUCACCUAAGAAGAGCGACGUAUCUCAUAAAUACAACAGCAAGGAUGGUAAAGCUGGUAAAAAUAUUAAAGUAGAAUCUCUUGGCAAGGAUAAACCCAAGGUCGAAAGUUCCGAUGAAGAUGCUUUGGCGUUCACCUUCAAAAACGAUGGCGGCAUUAAGUUUGGGGACGAGACAAAAGAUACAGCAAGCGAUGAAGAUUUGGGUGAGGAAAUCAACGAUGGUAGAAACUCUUCAACAAAGACUCCUGCAUCCAAGACCGCAGCAGUGGACCGACUGAACGUUCCACAAAUAUCUGAGAGUGAAGAAUCUGACUAUGAAAUCGACCACGACGCAUACCUCAAAAGCAUACAGCACGACGAAGAGGAUAUUGUGGGGCUGGACAAUGGUUUAGAUACUGGUGAAGACGAUGUCCCUAUGUUAGACGAGGAAGAGAAUCAUAUCGUAAUGGAAUUAGAAAACGAUGAUGAGCUCUCAUUCAACGGAAGCAUACACGAAGAAGGUGAAGAUCCUGUAGAAAUUGAGGCACAAAAUGGUAAAAGCGCCAAAUUCAGUAGUCAGACAUACAAAGAUUAUGACGAUGAAGAUGAGGACGAAAUCAUGAGUGAUUUUGAUGAACCAUUCUACGAGGAUCCAAAGUUCGCUAAUCUAUACUACUGUGCUGGAAGUGACCAACCGCUUUCACUGAGCACGUCACUACCUUUGAUAUUGGAUGAUGAGAAGCGGAGAAAUUUGGACAAAAAACAAACAAAGAAAAUGGAACGUGAAGAGCUAAUACGUCGUCGAAAGCUUUCCAGAAAACUCGACAAAGAGCGGAGACAGAAGUCUGCUGCUACCGAUUUGGAUAAUGAGGAAUACCUUUUUGGUGUGUACUUCAGAAGCGACGGGGAGGAGGAAAAAAUCCAUAGCUUGGAGUCACCUUUGCGCCAGUUGGGUUCAGCAGCUGCUUCUGAAACAGACUACUCUAGCGAUGAAGAAUAUGAAAAUAUUUUACUUGAUAUCGCCCACAUGCCAACAGAUGAAGAAAGUUUGGGGGUUUCUGCUGGCGGUUUAGAUCACGAUGAUGAUGAAGACGAUGACGACGAUGAUGACGAUGAUGACGUUAGUAUGUCUAAUGUCUUUAUCGAUAUUGAUGACCUCGACCCCGACUCAUUUUACUUCCAGUAUGAAAGCUCUGAUGGUGAGGAUCUAAACGAAAAUAGCAAAGGCCUGGAGAGAUCCGACCUCGGAAAGUUGGGUGAACCUGAAGACAAGGAUUAUGUGGAGACCGUUGUUUACAUUGAUGGCGAGUCUACAGACGAAGAUGAAACUUUGCCCCCACCUGAUACAAGAAACAAAAUUGGGUCAAAGGCCAAGGAAGUCGUCAGCGCCAACGUUGUAGGGUUGAAACCUCCCAAGCUGGGAACUUGGGAAACCGACAAUAAGCCUUUUAGUAUCAUCGAUGGUUUAUCUACCAAAUCGUUGUAUCCUUUAGCGCAGGAUCAGCAAUUAUUAGAGCAGCAACAACUCCAACAGCAGCCGCUAUCUGCUAGUGAACUCAGUGGAGCUGGAGAGAAGGAGGAGCUUACGCUCAACGAACUUUUGAAUAUGAGUGAGUUGGACGAUGAGGACGGAACUUCUAAUGCUAACAACAAUAACGGCGCUGCAUCCGAAUGGUACAACAAACCAAAAGUGCCACUUUCCGCUUUCAGAAAUAAGGGGGUGGAUGUGACGCAAGAUGAAGAAUACAUGCUCCCGGUUUUCUCUGCAAGGAAAUGUCCAAUUGGUUAUGUCGGAAGUGAAAGAACGAGACGGAAGAUUGAUAGAAUGAAAGAGUUGCAGAAAAAAAAGAGUGAAGAGAGAAGGAAGGUCAAGAAGAAGAAAAAGCUGCUCAAGCUCAAAAGAGAGCGCGACCGGCUGGAAAAAGAAAGUCUUACAGAAGCUACUGCUCCAAUUGAAGCUGAAAACGAAGAAGGGCUAGGCGCUGUGAUCCAAACUGAUUCACUUAGCGCGUCGGACAAAAAGCCGGAUUACGAUGCAAUCGGAGACGCUAAUAGUUCCAAAAACUCUAUUGAGAGCAUGGAUUUGGAUGAUAUCAACAACCUCCUGAGUCAUGCCGACAGUGAUCUCGUGGCGCAUGAAGGUCACGACAUGGAUAUCAUUGGAACAGAAGAUGCUGAUAUUUUGGCCACUCUGACAGCUCCAGUCAACGUGGAUACCAUAGACCAUAAAAAUAUGACUACUGGCGCUGCAUGGAGAAGGCGUCAAAGUGUCGUGGAAGCCGCGGCUGAGAACUUGCGGUUUACAAAGAGCGGCUUGUUUAGUGAGAGCGCAUUAGCUGAUCUUGAACAAAUCAUUGGAGGUUCUGCGGGCUCCGUGAUCGAGUUCAGUGACGUUUUGCAGUAA